AUGACUUUUGUAUUUUGAUUUGUAUAUAUAAAAGCAAUUUCUUCCUCUCAAUUUCAUCGAAAAUUUGAAGUUGAAGGAUCCACAGACUCUGUUUCGAGAUUAUUACUCUGUAACGGAAGCCGGAGGAUGUCGCAGAUGAAGUAUUUGAUUGAGGUGGAGAAGCCCAAGGCCGCCAUUGAUGGAAGACCUUCGAUCGGACCUGUUUACAGAAGCAUUUUCGCCAAGGAUGGCUUUCCGCCUCCCAUUCAAGGAUUAGAUAGUUGUUGGGAUAUAUUUCGGUUAUCAGUGGAAAGAAACCCUGGUAAUCGAAUGCUCGGGCACCGUGAGAUUGUGGAUGGAAAGCCUGGUAAAUAUGUGUGGCUAACAUAUAAGGAAGUGUACGAUAUAGUCGUAAAAAUUGGAAAUUCUUUGCACACUCGUGGUUUUGAGGAAGGAGCAAAAUGUGGUAUUUAUGGUGCCAAUUGCUCAGAGUGGAUAAUAAGCAUGGAGGCAUGUAAUGCUCAUGGACUAUAUUGUGUUCCUUUGUACGACACAUUAGGUGCUGGUGCUGUGGAAUUUAUUAUUUGCCAUGCAGAAAUUUCUGUUGCUUUUGUAGAAGAGAAGAAGCUUCCUGAGGUCUUGAAAACAUUUCCGAGCACAACCAAAUACUUGAAAACAAUUGUGAGUUUUGGCAAGGUUGCACCUAAUCUAAGAGAGGAGUUUGAGAAGUAUGGGGUUGAAAUAUUUUCUUGGGAUGAAUUUUCGCUUCUGGGUGAAAAUCAACAUUUUGAUCUUCCUGUGAAAAAGAAAAGUGAUAUUUCUACUAUUAUGUAUACAAGUGGAACUACUGGAGAUCCCAAAGGAGUGAUGAUAUCAAACAAAAGCAUAAUUUCACUUAUAGCUGGUGUCCAGCGUCUCUUAGAGAGUGUAAAUGAAGAGUUGAGUCCAGAAGAUGUAUAUUUGUCAUACCUUCCACUAGCACACAUCUUUGACCGGGUGAUUGAGGAGCUGUUUAUCUUACAUGGUGCUUCCAUUGGGUUUUGGCGUGGGGAUGUCAAAUUAUUGGUUGAAGAUAUUGGGGAGCUCAAACCCAGUAUCUUCUGUGCCGUUCCUCGAGUUUUAGAUAGAAUUUAUGCUGGCUUGACUCAGAGGUUAGAUGCAGGGGGCAUCUUUAAGAAGACAUUAUUCAAUAUUGCAUACUCACGUAAAUUUGGUAACAUGCAAAAGGGGCAUAAACACGGCGAGGCAUCUCCCAUUUGUGACAGAUUUGUCUUUAAUAAGGUAAAGGAAGGGUUGGGAGGUAAUGUGAGACUUAUUCUAUCUGGAGCCGCACCUCUAGCUACUCACGUAGAAGCUUUCUUGAGAGUUGUGGCAUGUGCUCAUGUUCUACAAGGAUAUGGUUUGACAGAGACCUGUGCUGGGACUUUUGUUUCAUUGCCAAAUGAACUCUCAAUGUUGGGAACAGUUGGCCCUCCAGUGCCAAAUGUGGAUGUCUGCCUAGAAUCUGUCCCCGAAAUGGGAUACGAUGCCCUUUCGACCAUACCACGAGGUGAAAUAUGUGUUAGAGGAGACCCGUUGUUUUCUGGAUACUACAAGCGUGAUGACCUAACCAAUGAGGUCAUGAUUGACGGAUGGUUCCAUACAGGUGAUAUUGGUGAGUGGCAAUCGGAUGGGAGCUUGAAAAUUAUUGACCGCAAGAAGAAUAUUUUCAAGCUUUCUCAAGGAGAAUAUGUUGCCGUGGAAAAUUUGGAGAAUAUUUAUGGUCUUGUAUCUUCUAUAGACAUGAUCUGGGUCUACGGGAACAGUUUUGAGUCGUUUCUAGUUGCAGUAGCUAACCCCAACAAGCUAGCACUCGAACGUUGGGCAAACGAAAACGGAAUCGAAGAGGACUUUGAUUCACUUUGUGAAGAUAAGAGGGCAAAGGACUACCUGCUUGGGGAGCUCAACAAAAUUGCAAAAGAGAAGAAGUUGAAAGGCUUUGAGUUUAUUAAAGCCAUUCACCUUGAUCCUCUACCAUUCGAUAUGGAACGUGACCUUAUAACUCCAACAUACAAGAAAAAGAGGCCUCAGUUGCUUAAAUAUUAUCAGAAUGUAAUUGACCGCAUGUACAAUAAUGCAAAGAAGCCUUAAUGACGGAAGAUAACAUUUAUGGAAUCCAUUGCCAGACUGCACUGUUUCUCAUGAAAUUAUCUUCUUUUUUCCUUUACUGUACAUAUGGGUUACUAAUCCACCUAAUCAAUCAAUUUAUAUGAAGGAUAAAGCUUUGGUUUUAGGGGGACUUGGAAAUUAUUGACCCAAACAUUCUGCUAUAUUAAAUCUAAUGAGUUGUAUUAUUAUAGACAGAUUAGCAGUUGAAAUUGGGAUGCCUGUUUUUAGAAUUAGUACCACUUUGAAGUUUGAAAUCAUGGGGAUCAAUUUCAAUUAAAAAUAAAUACAUAGAGAAGGUUACAUUCAA